AGAGCAUUUUCUCAGUCUUCCAGUGUUCUCCUCCCUUUGGAUCUUACAUACACAAGCUAUUUUCCAAAGUUCCUGAUCACUCCGGAGACACCAGGGACUGAACCUCAGACUCUUCCUCUGCACAAUUGAUAAGUUCUACAGCAGCAAUCAGUGCAAUGGAAAGGAAGACCUGAUCCACUUGGUGCAACAGCUGAAAGGGUUGGUGACAAAAAUAUCUUUCUUUGCUUACCAAACACCGAUGAAGAAUCCUGACUUCUGAAAAUUGCAUUGCACUGAUCCAGAAGCAAAUCCAUCGAUUCCCCAAAGUCUGAAUGGGCUACAGUUUCUGAGUAAACCAGAACAUGUUCAGAGGAGAGUGAUAAACAUAAGAGGAAACUGCAGUCCAAGGCUUCUAGGGAAAAGUUGAAGGAACUAGCUAAAAAGAUAAGAGCCAGGGAAGCUUUGAAGGCAACACUGUCCUGAAUCAUAUCUGGUCCAUCUUUAGUAUUAUGUUUGUGUUGUGAAGUUGUGAACAUUAGCUGAAAUCCACAUUCACUACCCUGAUUUUCUUCUAGCAACAGCAAUUAAUCUAUGAUAUUGGAAAGAAAGGUUUCAUAAACAUUUACUGAUCUGGAUCAGUUAAAGCUGGGAAACUUAUGGUUAUGGCUAUGUUGCCAGCACCUACAUGGCUAUUGGUGGUGGCUGUAAUCAUUUGCUCUGAACUACCAAAAUCUACCCACGCUGGUGCUUAUUAUGGAAUCAAGCAGGUACCUCCUCAAGUGCCUCAGUACCAACCCCUUGGACAAGUACCUCAUGUGCCAUUGGGGAAAGAUGGCAUUCCAUUGCAGCACAUGGGCAAGGAGGCACCACACCUGCCAUUUGCGAAAGAAUACGUGCCUCAGUAUAUAAAAGAAAUCCCACAGUUACCCAUGCUUGGUAAGGAGAGGAUUUCAAAGAAAGAUAAAGAAAUUCCAUUAGCCAGUUUGAGAGGUGAGCGGGGUCCUCCUGGGGAGCCUGGACCAAGAGGCCCACCUGGAUCUCCAGGGUUACCAGGACUUGGAGUGCCAGGAGCCAAAGGAAAACCAGGUCCACAAGGAUAUCCAGGGAUUGGCAAGCCAGGCAUGCCCGGAAUGCCAGGAAAACCUGGAGGAAUGGGGGCUCCUGGACCAAGAGGAGAGAUGGGGCUGAAGGGAGAAAUUGGCCCAAUGGGCAUUCCAGGACCCCAAGGACCACCAGGACCUCAUGGACUACCUGGAAUAGGGAAACCAGGUGACAGAGGAUUGCCAGGACAGCCAGGACCAAAGGGUGAGCCAGGAAUGAAAGGACAACCUGGAAUGCAAGGCCCCCCGGGUCCAAAAGGCGACAAAGGCAUUGGGAUUCCAGGACUGCCAGGAUUAAAAGGUCCACCUGGUUUGCCUGGGCCUCCAGGUCCUGUUGGACUUCCCGGGAUAGGCAAGCCAGGAAUGAUUGGUUUUCCUGGUCCACAGGGACCUGCAGGCAAGCCAGGGCUUCCAGGAGAGCGAGGACCUCCAGGGCUGGCAGGAGCUCCUGGGAUUCAAGGUCCUUCUGGUCUUCCAGGCAUAGGAAAGCCGGGACAGGAUGGAAUCCCAGGACAGCCAGGUUUUCCAGGUGGGAAAGGUGAGCAAGGCUUGCCAGGAUUACCAGGACCUCCUGGUUUACCUGGGAUUGGGAAGCCAGGUUUCCAUGGACCUAAAGGUGAUCGUGGCAUGCCUGGCCUUCCAGGGCCACUUGGGCCAAAGGGUGAAAAGGGGCACAUGGGCCCACCUGGCAUGGGUGGGCCACCAGGGGAGCCGGGCCAACCAGGAUUACCAGGACUCAUGGGACCUUCAGGUGCUAUGGGGUUCCCAGGUCUUAAAGGAGAAGUUGGAGCUAUUGGGCCUCAAGGGCCUAUAGGUCCAAAAGGUGAACUUGGACUACAGGGUUUCCCAGGAAAGCCAGGUUUUCCAGGGGAGGUGGGGCCUCCAGGUCUGAGAGGCUUGCCUGGUCCAAUUGGACCCAAAGGAGAAGCUGGUCACAAAGGUCUGCCAGGUCUGCCAGGAGCUCAUGGGCCUAUGGGACCCAAAGGAGAACCAGGAAUCCCAGGAGCUCAAGGCCAUCAAGGCCCCCCUGGAAUCCCAGGCAUUGCAGGACCCAGUGGCCCGAUUGGACCUCCUGGACUUCCAGGAGCAAAAGGUGAACGGGGUCUACCAGGCCCUCCAGGAUUUCCAGGAAUGGGGAAACCUGGCAUUGCAGGGAUGCAAGGACCACCUGGUAAGCCUGGAUCUAUUGGUGCUCCUGGGCAGCCAGGGCUCCAGGGCCCUCCAGGGCCCCCUGGGCCUCCAGGGCCCCCAGUGAUGAUACAGCCUACACCACCAGCCAUGGGACAAUAUUUGCCUGAGGUGGGCCCAGGCCUUGAUGGAGUGAAGACUCCACAUGGCUAUAUGGGGAAGAAAAGCAAAAAUGGUGGUGCUGUUACCUAUGAGAUGCCAGCUUUCACGGCUGAGCUCACCACUCCUUUCCCACGGGUUGGGGUGCCCGUGAUGUUUGACAAGGUCCUCUAUAAUGGCAGGCAGAACUAUAACCCACAGACUGGCAUCUUUACCUGCGAAAUCCCUGGGAUCUACUACUUUGCAUACCACGUCCACUGCAAAGGGGGGAAUGUCUGGGUGGCAUUAUUCAAGAACAAUGAGCCGUUGAUGUACACGUAUGAUGAAUACAAGAAAGGCUUCCUGGACCAAGCUUCAGGGAGCGCUGUCAUUCAGCUGAUGCAAGGUGACAGAGUUUAUAUCCAGAUGCCAUCUGAACAGGCAGCAGGACUCUAUGCUGGGCAGUACGUUCACUCGUCUUUUUUAGGAUAUUUAUUGUAUCCCAUGUAAACCAAACAAUUGGACAAAAUGAAAACUCUUGUUCUGUGCUUCAGUCCUAUACCAUAGAAAGAUGCAUUUAAUUUUCUCUAUUUUGGACCAACAUGUACAAUAAUUAAAAUAAAAUUAAAACUUUAAACAUUCUGAACAACUUGUUAUAAAGAGAGAAAUCAUGGUGAUAAACCCAAUGAGGAUUUGUUUGCUGCUGUACGCUGAAAAUUUUCAACAUUUACCUGCUUUGUUUCAUUGAUGAUAAUACCAUAUCAGGCUGCUUGCUUGUCACUCACUUUUAUGGUUUGCUUACCUGAACACAUUCAGCUAACAUAGGAAAUGAAAUCAAGAAGACAAAAAAUGAAAAAAUUAUUUGAUAGGAUUGUACAUAUAUAUAUAAAUAUAUAUUAUAUAUUUUAAACAACACUGAUUUAAAGUAGGCUUGCCCAAAGUCUUUAUUUUCUUUAUGUGCAGAUUUUUUCUAACGUAUUGACAAAGAAUGGUAGAAAAUGAUUCCUUUCCAGUUUAGCUAGUUGACAGAAAUCCAAUGAAAACAUUCCCAAUGCUUUUUCCAGCAAUUAGCAGUGCGGGUUACUUUCCAAGGAGCUGUUGGAAUACUUUAAGAAGCAUCCAGAUAGUUUUGUGAAGUACUGAAAAUCAGUGACUUUUAGAUAAAACUAUUCAAUGAGGCCAAUUAAUGUUAGUGUGGUGCAGGGUAGAGGUUGCCGCUGUCCCAGAUUUCCCAGGGACCUCUGGACAUGGAUACUGGGAAUUGCAAGUCACAUGUAGCUAAGGUGAGGCAAGGAUGUAAUAUCUACAUCAUGGAUCCCAAACAAGCAGAAUGUCUUAGGUGUGAUCUAGUCAAAGCUAAGCAUUUUUAGCUGGCUUUGAUUUCAAUGGUAUACAUAUAGAUAGCCUACAGUCGUUGUGACUAGCAGCCUCCUGUCACCAUUUGUGUUAUUGAAUCAAAUAUACUCCCCUCCCAAUUCAUGCAUACACUACAUCAACGAACCCCAUGUAAGAAGGAUGACAUUGAUUUUAAAUGUAUAAAAGGUUUAAACAUCUUUUUAAAAGGGUUUAUAGUUUUGCUUCUCAGGCAGAUUUUCUGCUCAAAACGAGGCCCUGCUCAACUAUAUGUUCCUAGAGCUUCCCCCCAUGCCCACCACCCCAGGAAUGAUUUUCAUUGGAGAGAGAGAGAAUUAAAAUAGGUCCCCUUGCUUUCCUCAGCUAUUCCCUUUGCAAUUGGAGGGAGGGAAGCUACAGUGCAACCUACAUCAUGUGUCAUUUGGCUCCUAACUCUCCCACUGAAAACAAAGGGAUAGUAUAGAGCUUAAUUUUAGUUGCUUCAGGGCCCUUAUCUGUCUACCUCUUUAUUUGGGAACCUGUGUUCUAGGUGGUGAUUUAAAAAAAAAUUGCUUUGGAACUAGGAAGAAAGCACUAAUUUGUCUUGUUGUUGAUUAUCUUCAAAACUGAAGCUGAGUAUUUAUGCACCAGCGCCUUUGCCCACUAAACAAAUGAAGAGGAUGGGGCCUGGUGAUUGCUUUGAACAAUACACUUUGCUUCAGUGUUACCACAGUAUCAUGCAAAUGAGUUACAUGAAGGCAAUCACCUCCUGGAAAGGAGUGACUGAUUGGUAACUCUCAGUAUUUGCAUUUUGUUCCAAAUUACCUACAUUUGCCUGCAAGUCUGUGCAAGCCACAGUACAUGUGGAAGAGCAAAAUGCCAUAGCCAGUCCAGCAUGCAGUUAGGCAUGCUAUCCAUUGACCCUGAUCCAAAGGGUUUAUGGCUAAUGGCUGUGAAAACUGACAAGGUGGAUCCACAGUUCAGCAAGAACAGGGAGCAGAGGCCUCCAUCCAUCUCUGCUUCCUUCUGCUGAAAAUCUGAUUGGUUCACCAUAUUUUCAAUAGGGGUGUGUGGACAGAGCCCUGGCAGGUGGACUGGGGAGGAAGUGCAUGCACAGGGCUGGCCUUAAAUACGUCAGUCUUAGCAGCUGUAUAAGGCAUUGGAAUCCAAGAGGUGCUAGGCUAUGGUGGGAAUAAGACCAUCCACAGGGGAAUACCGUAUUCCCUGCCACUCUGGGACAUUGGACCACUGUAAGCCAAACUGGCAUUCCUUUAUGUAUGUGUAUCCAUCAGCUAGACCAUCUUUUCUUUUUACUCUGGAGCACACGCAGGCGGUCCAACCCAGAUUGAAACAACAGUGGGGCCAGGUAGGAGGACUUUUAGGAUCCAAAUUAAGGGCUACCAUCUUCUCUUCAGUAAAAAUGAAAAGUAGACACACACUUAAAAGGAUCUCUGCUUUGAGUCUAGGUUUUCUGCAGGAAGGACAACCCACCCAGGAUUUUUCCAGAACCCCUUCUGCUUAUGCCAGCCCUUUGCAGAGCAGUGAGGAGAAGUUUCAUGCAGAAAAACCCUUCAGAAGAGAAUAGGAACUCCUGUAUCCCCACAUCCAUCAGAAGGAAGCUUUGCCUAUGGUUGUAGCAGAGCUUGAACUGGUCCUGCAGACUCACAGUAUCCAUUCACACACUAAUUCAGGUUGUCCUCAUUCAGAUGCCCACCUGUGUACAUAUGACCCCUAGCUGGAUUGGAUUGCUUGGUGUCAAUGGGCUUAACCACUCUAACCCUUCGAUGGAUCAUUUCUUCUCAUUUCAACAAUGGUGCUAAUCUCACAGUGAAAAUGAAUUGCAGAAGUUAUUUUUAAAAAUAUGCUUUACAGUGCUGCACACUUUACAUUUUUACAUAUGUUUAAAACCAUGUUAAAUGUUUAGCUCAUCACUUGUAUAAACAGCAGCCUCCAUAUUUAACCAAAAGAAGACUCUACCAUCACAGGGAACAUGAACUGAAACUGGCAUUUCCAUUAUUUAAAUACAGAGAUUAAGGCAGUAUAACCUCAACACAAGAUUUCAAUAUCAGAGAUAUGGUGCUAGGAAAUCAGAAUUUUAUGGAAUGUUGAGAGUAGUAGGCCGUUUAUAAUACAGGGGUACCUUGGGUCAGUUGCUAAGAAAAGAUUAUGCGAGAAGUGAAAUUAGCACAUACUUUUGUAUUUAAUUUUUGUACUGAUUGUAAAAAUGCUUAUUAAAUAUCUUUUUAAAACGUU